CGCCCCGCCCCCUCCGGCCUCCUCUCCCCCGGAAGUGGGUGCUGCCAGCGAUCGCGUGCCGCUGCCCGGGUGUCGCCGCGGAGAUCGGGCCGGGCUGCGCCUGCGAGAGGGUCACCAUGCCUUUGGCUAGAGACUUACUACAUCCGUCCUUGGAAGAGGAAAAGAAAAAACAUAAAAAGAAGCGGCUAGUUCAAAGUCCAAAUUCUUAUUUUAUGGAUGUGAAAUGCCCAGGUUGCUACAAGAUCACCACGGUUUUCAGCCAUGCCCAGACAGUGGUUCUCUGCGUAGGCUGUUCCACAGUGUUGUGCCAGCCGACAGGAGGAAAGGCUAGACUCACGGAAGGGUGUUCAUUUAGAAGAAAGCAACACUAAUGGUCCACACAGCUUCCUGAAUUUGGGUUAUAUCACAAAAAGCCUUAUCAGUUUAAUAAUUCUAGUUAAUCUACCAGGAUAAUGUAAUUACAUUUAAUUUUGUAAGUAUACAACAGUGAUCUCCUAUUUUGGUGUCAAUUUUUCAAUAAAGUUUUGAUUAUGGGAAAA